AUGUCAGUUACAUUAAGGCUUGGGCCAGUAAAAGUUUUUGGCACCGAUUGCCAAUCCAGAGUUGGUAGUCCCUCGUUACAGUUUGAAGCUGCUUGGGCGCUCACAAACAUUGCUUCAGGCACCUCUCAGCAAACACAAGCUGUGGUGGAAGCUGGUGCUGUCCCGUUAUUUUUAAGGCUUUUAGAAUCUCAACAUCAAAAUGUAUGUGAGCAAGCUGUCUGGGCCUUAGGAAAUAUCAUUGGUGAUGGUCCUCAUUGCAGAGACUAUGUCAUAGGUCUAGGCGUGGUCAAGCCUCUUUUAGCCUUCAUCAACCCUGCAAUCCCUCUCUCCUUUUUACGCAAUGUCACGUGGGUCAUCGUCAACCUGUGUCGUAACAAAGAUCCAGCGCCACAUGUUGACACAAUUAAGGAACUCUUGCCGGCGUUACUAAUCCUUAUUCAUCAUACAGAUACAAAUAUUCUAGUGGACACAGUAUGGGCGCUGUCAUAUCUCACAGAUGGUGGUAACGAACAGAUUCAAAUGGUGAUAGACUCUGGGGUUGUGCCUUACCUUGUUCCUUUGUUAAGUCAUCAGGAGGUGAAAGUACAGACGGCGGCCCUGAGAGCGGUAGGGAACAUCGUGACAGGUACAGAUGAACAGACACAGGUGGUCCUCAACUGUGGGGCCUUAAAUCAUUUCCAGGCACUCCUAUCUCACACCAGGGAAAAAAUAAACAAGGAAGCAGUGUGGUUCUUGUCUAACAUCACAGCAGGUAACCAGCAGCAGGUGCAAGCCGUCAUUGAUGCCAAGCUUAUACCUAUGAUAAUACAUCAUCUUAACAGGGGUGAGUUUCAAACCCAGAAAGAGGCUGCGUGGGCAAUCAGCAACCUUACAAUAAGCGGGCGUAAGGAUCAGGUGGCGUACGUGGUGCAGCAAGGUGUAAUACCGCCAUUUUGUAACCUGAUGACGGUGAAGGAGCUACAGGUGAUCCAGGUGGUCCUUGACGGCAUUAACAACAUCCUCAAGAUGGCAGGAGAUGACACGGAGAGGAUUUGUAACGAGAUAGAGGGGUGCGGAGGGUUGGAUAAAAUUGAGUCAUUGCAAAACCAUGAAAAUGAAGAAAUUUAUAAACUAGCAUAUGAAAUCAUUGAUCAGUACUUCUCUGGGGACAUCGACGAAGACCCAAACGUGGUACCCGAGGCCUCAGGGGAAGGCUUCCAGUUCGAUCCCAAUGCCAAGAUACCAUCAGAGGGGUUUCAAUUCUAAAGGAUUGGAAACAACAUAUCAGAGGGCAUUGUUUAAGUGUUAGAUGAAGAGAAAGAAGAAAAGAAAGAAUGAAUGGGUGGAUGAAAAUGAAUGAAUGGAUGAAAAUGGCAGACAUAUCCUAUUCAAUAUUUUUUCACCAUGAAAAGAAGGGAGAAAAUCAGCUCCUGUCUUAAACAAGAUCUCACCCGUGGAUUAAUAGGAAAUUAUUUUACCAUGGGAAGAGACAAAAGGAAGAAUUCAUUGUUCGUGAAUUUUACCAUUAUCUAAAGUGGAGGAGUUUGGUUUUGAUUCAACUGAGUUGCAAUCAAUUAUAAAUGAAUACAGAACCCAGUCAAUAGAUUUCCUUGUGAAGAGCUAAUAAGUUGAAGUACAAGAGGGAAAUGAGUUCAGCAUCUUUUUAUGUCUCAAUGCUAAGACAAAAUGGAGCACAGAAUUUUCGACUGAUUUCAACUGACCUAUUCAACUGAUGUGUUGAGUGAGUGAUAAUGUGUUGAGCGACAGUAAAAAAAAAAAAGGAUGGCUUUGUUAUUCUGAUCAGGAGGUGUCAGUGUGGACAAAAACUGAUUGACUCGGUUUAACAGGCUUAUGAUAACAUGGUAAAUGUGUUCCUUCCCAAAUGUGUUACUUUGAGGAUGAUGGAGUGCAAGAAUGACUGGUUUUUGAGAUGUGGGUUGCAAGGGUGAGAGAUGCAACACAAACACGGCACAAGCCAGUGCACAUGCAAACACACAUUACGGGCCAGCCUUUGGUCUUUCAGUUUAAAAUACAAGACAAAGCUUGUGAUUGCUUUCCUGCUGUCAUAAGAAUUGCUUAAGUGUAAACUCAUUUUAGUAAGGUUUCAUAAGCCAUUACUGAGUGAAAAAUGCAAGAAAAAAAGAAUUGAUAGCAAAAGAUUACAAACAGCUAUUGAAGAAAAUAUUUUUUUUUUAUUUUUUAAUUUUGAAAAAAUAUUAUAAAAUGUAUGAGAAUGAAGUCUGGUUACUUCUUUCAGCUUGGUUUUAAUGACCUUAAAAAGGUGAUGUAUUUUGAAGAGUUAAAUUUAUUAAUAAUGUGAGGAGAGAAGUGUCGACCUUGACCUUGCAGGGUCCAAAGGUCAACCCCUCAUUUCUCCACAGUUUGGUUGAAACGAAUUUACAUCCAAACAUUUAGUUUUGCUUCUAGUCGGUGGUUGCUUUGAUGAAUGUGGUUUGAUUUUUUUUGUCAACAAAAGCAAAAGUGAUAAAUCUUUAUACAAUACAAAACCCUCAUAGGUCAGAAGUAUGCAGAUUAAUAAGGAUGUCUCAGUUUUGUUUGACUGAGACCCAUAUGAUAGCUAAGAGAAGUAACUGACAGUGUCAAAGAGUUAACAGGACAAGUUUGCCAUGAAUGUUGAUCAUGCUUACCUAGCGAACAUGCACUUGGUGUUACCGAACUCAUUUCUAAGAAAAAGAGCAUAUUUCCCUAAGCCCCACAGUUUUCUCACAGUUCUUUGUAAAGAUUUUACGAAAAUGAUCUUUGCAGAGAGAGGAUUUAGCUCAGAAAUUUUAAAUAACUCAGAUUAAUAAAUUUUUCAUUAAAAAAAAAGGGAAAAGAGGUGGAGGUGUAAGUCCUGUGAGUAAGUAUGGGGCGAGGGUUAAAAUAAUUUUACGAGGAAUCUUUUAAACAUACCUGCAGGUUUCACUCAAAAUGUGUGGCAUUUAAUUACUGUCAGUAGUUCCCUGUCAUCAUUGUCAGUUUCAGUGAACUUUUUUUCUAUCACCAUUUUUAUGGUCAAACCCUUGCAAUUGUGGACACGAGCUUUGCUCUUUUACAUGGGAUGUUUGCUGCAUUGUAUGUAAUAUACCAGUGCUGGGAAACAGCCAUGCUGCUCUUAGCAUUGCCAGUUUUUUUGUGUUCAUGAGAACCUGCAUAAGAUAAUACACGUAUAUAGUAUUAGCUAUCCAAACUGGGUCAUUUUAAUUCAGGGCUGCUUGUAUUGGAUACAAGUACAAACAUUGAUAAAAUUGUCUUUUUUUUUUUGUGCUUCCAUUGGGUGCAGGCUGUAAAUGGCAGUGUAACCCUUCAUGCCAAUUAGGCAUUAAUUUAAACUUUUUUU